AUGGAGCCCAACGGACCAGCGGUGAAAGACACAACGGAUGAGGUUUAUGACGAGUCAGACGGAGUACAGCAAGCUGUAGACGCUACAAUGUCAAGUAAUUUAGUUGAGAGUGAAGCAACUGUUCUUGAGGAGGUAUCCACAGAACAAGAUAUUAUAACAACACCUGAAGAAGGACAAGAUGUCUCACAAGGAGAGGCGUCCGAGGUGAAAAACACUGAGAUGGAAGCAGAAGAGAAGGGUGACACAGAAAAGAUGAUUGCUGAUGAUCAUGAGGAGCAUGAAGACGUAAUCAUGGAGCCAGCGUCACUGGAACCCGUCGCGGAGACCCAAGAGAUUAAAACGUUGGGUAUAAAGGAUGAAGAAAAUAAUGAGAGAACUAGUACCGCGCCGCAUGCAGUUGAGGAUGCAGAGACAAUGGACACGUCAGAAGAGAUUAAACAAGGUAGUGAAGGAGACCAUUUGUCUUUGAAGGCGGCACCAGACGAAGUGAACGUCACGUCGGACGCUAUUGGAGAAGCAACACAGACUGAUGUAUCAGCAAAAGAAGGAGAUGGCACGCAAGAUGAUUUGUCAAUGAAAGCUGCCCCAGAUCGAGUACUGGAUGAACUAGCAAAAAAUGCCGACCUGACUUCUCCAAUCGUACCGGAAUUGAUACAUCCAGAUGAAGCUAUAAACGAUGCGACGAGUGAAAUUGUAAAAGACAACGAAGCGUCUUCUUCUCCUAAACAUGACGAUAAAAAAUGCAAUUUACCGCCCCCGACAGAAAGUGAGAAUGUUGUGCAGCCCGUAGACGACAAAUAUGACCCAGCGAAGCUGUCUCCUGUGGCUACUUUAGUCGAUUCUUCUACUGAAUUAACUGCUGCUGCUCAGCGCCAAGAGUAUGAUCCGGAUCACCCAUCCAUGACAUCGUCUGCCGAGGCUGAAAAAUCAACAACUGAUACAUCAUUGGGAGCCACGAAUGAAGAGCAAUCAACUAAGACUUCAGCAAAGAGAAAGAGUGUAGACGAGUCCCGUCCUUCCGACCAGUCCAAUGGAGACUCUAGCCUCAAGCGUCCACGCCACGAUGGUGGCAGCAAGCAUGACUCACAUGAGGACAACCAUAAAACUGAUCGCGCGCGUCGUGAAAGUGGGGAUUCAUCGUCCUCUAUAAGCAGUCGACACAAACACCAUGAGGAAGACCACAAGGGUCUUUCUGCCGCGGCGUGGGAUCGGCUUAUGGAUUUUCAGACCAGUGGGGAGUUCCAAGUGACGCAAGUGAGUCGUGCAGCUUUUGCAUCUGUUGGUGCAAUGCCUGAGUUCGCUCAGAUUGCUAUCAUAGCACGAUUUGUACGCACUCCAAUGAAAGAAGUGCGCGACAAGAAUGGACAGCUCAUGCGCAUUUAUCGCGAGUAUCAGAAGGAAAAUCCUCAAAUUGCAGCGCUGCAACCCGUAGAUGCUUUUGUCUCGGACUAUCAAAAUGAUCCUGGUUUCUUUCGCUUCGGCUACGCUCCUCCUCAGCCUGUUACGGGUGUCUCCAAUGUUCCGGUACCGUAUCAGCGAGAUCCACCCAAAGAACCGGCUCCAUUUAAAGGUCCUCUUCGUCAAGCGCACAAUGCCACUUUAAAGUCUGAGCCUGAGCGAAAUCAUCGGAAAGAUAUUGACGAAUUUGGUCGAGCUGUUCACUCCGACAAAUCAGGGGCGUCAGAGUCCAAUUUGUCCUCCCGCACUCCUAGUCAACGAUCAGCAUUAGAACCUCGUCAAGCCUCACGAAGCAGACAGAAUUUAUCGCCACGAUCAACGCAAGCGACUCCACAAGCAAUCUCAAGCGCCAAAAAUGAAGACCCGCGUCGACGCGAACAGCCUUUGCACCAAAAUAACAGUGGAAUUGGACGUGAUCCCCGCCGCCGUAGUACAUUGACGAGUCAGGAACCACCACAUCGCGGCAAUCAGUCCGAUUCCUCUCGGAAUACGGGAUCGAAUGACUUAUACGGGCGUCUGCCGGGUCCUGUUCGAGCAGUCGUCGACAGUAUGCGCCGCGAAGGACGAUUACAAGAAUCCUUGAAUGACAACGUCAUCACGCGACUAUUGCAUCUACCAGAGCAUGUGGCGCUGCAAGCAGUGGAGAACUUUAGCAAUGUUGAUCUAUCCCAAGUAGAAAACCUGCAAGGUUUCCUGGUUGGGAUCAUUAAUCGCGUCAACGAAAAGGCGAUUGCGUCUGAAAAGCAACACCGGCCACAGGACCCUUCUCCAAGAGGACAGCUUUCAAUGCCGCGAAGUAACAAUUAUGGACCCCCUUCACAAGGUGCUUCUGUCCUUGGUGGACCACCUCAUGGUGGACGGUUAGACGCCAUUAAUGGAGUAAACCCUGGUAGCUACCGAGCUCAAGCCGCCCCAAUUGCUGCUGGACCUGGUCCAGCACUUUUUGAACGGCCUUAUGAGACCCCACAGGAUUCUCGAGAUCCGCGUCGUCGACAAUCUGUCCCGCAAGAUGCUCCCGAAUAUGGAGCAGUACCGAUCGGCAUGCCGUCGUUCCAUGCGCUUCCAAUGUCGGUGCAAAAUCAUAUCCAUUCUCUGGUAGCAAACCACACGCUGGCGUCCCUAGAAGAGCUUGGAGGUAAAUGUUACGAGGUUCUUGGACAGCUAUCCGAGCCCUUAGCGAACCAAGUUCUCGCGCGCUUUGCUGGUGCCAACCUCUCAACUGUACGCAACAAGAGCGGAUUUCUUAUUGGUGUCGUCAAACGAGCACGUCAAGAGUAUGGCUUUAACUAA